AUGGCGGGGGUGCGGUGGCGGUGGGAGACGAUAACCUCGUCGGUCUCGAGUGGCCAUCCACAGACGGGCAGCCAGGGAUGUCGGCGGUGCGAGUCUUCAGCUCUCUUCACUCGCUCCACUGCCUUCGCCAUGCAAGAAGUCUUUGUCGACCUGCACGCCGCGCGCCCCACGGCCAAGAUAGCACCCUCCGGGCGGUCCGCUCCUUCUUCGAUCCCUCUCAGUCUCCGCCCUCCCGUGCCGCCUCCCCUCCCUCCCUUCCGCGCCGCCCCCGGCCCCUCCCGCACCCCCUCCUCCGCCUCCUCCCGCACCACCGGCACCCUCUUCGGCCACCGCAAGGCCCGCAUCGCCCUCGCGAUCCAGGACACUCCCCAGAGCCCCUCCCCCUCCCUCCUCCUCGAGCUCGCCGUCCCCACCGGCAAGUUCAUGCAGGAGAUGGCCGCCGACCACCUCCGCGUCGCCCUCGAGUGCGACAAGAGGAACCUUCCGGACAUUUCCGACGGCGCCGCCGUGGGCCCCAGCCGCCUGCUGGACGAGCCGCUGUGGACGGCGUACGUCAACGGGCGGAAGGCCGGGUACGCGGUGCGCCGCGACCCCACCGACGGCGACCUCGCCGUCGCGCGCCUCCUCCGGACGGUUUCCGCGGGGGCUGGAGUGCUCCCCGCUGACGUUGUCGGCGACGGCCGGGAAGGAGAGGGGGACUUGGCCUACAUGCGCGCGCAUUUUGACCGGGUCGUUGGCGGGAAAGACUCGGAGUCGUUUUAUAUGCUCAACCCGGACGGGAAUAACGGUCCGGAGCUUAGCAUUUUCUUUGUUAGGAUAUGA